GGGGCGCGCGGGGCCGCCCAGUCACGUGCCGCCGCCGCCGCGCGCACCGGGAGCGGACCGGAGCAUGGCAGCUCUGGCGGCCGCGUCCCUCGGCGGGGAUGAGGCUCUGGAGGAGGAAGAGGAUGAGCUGGAGCCAGGGCUGGACGAGGCGGAGGCCGAAGCAGAGGCCGGGAGUGGGGCGAGGCCGGCGGGGGGGUCCCGGGGGGCUGUGCUCACCCGGCGCGGCAUCACCCUGCGCGUCCUGCUCCGUGAUGGGCUCCUGGAGCCGGCCCGAGGCGUCCUCUCCAUCUACUACCUGGGCAAGAAGUUCGUGGGGGACCUGGGUGCAGACGGGACCAUCACAUGGCAGGAGACUGGGCAGGUCUUCAACUCGCCCAGCGCCUGGGCCACACACUGCAAGCGCCUGGUGAACCCGGCCAAGAAGUCCGGCUGCGGCUGGGCCUCCGUGCGCUACAAGGGCCAGAAGCUGGACCAGUACAAAGCCGCGUGGCUGCGGCAGCACCAGCCCAACGCGCCGCCUGCCGAUGAGAGCCUGGCCAGCGAGGGUGAGGAUGAGGAGGUGCCGGAGGAGGAAGAGGAGGAGGCAGCGCGGGAGGGCCGGGUGCCGGUGCCGGAGCCGGUGGCCACCAAGAAGCCGGAGGAGAGGAGCAAGAAGCAGCAGUGCAAGAGCUCAGCGGAGCCGGCAGGGACGGAGCAUGGACCCCCCGCCAAGAGGAUGGAGGGCAAAGGCCGUGUGCCAGUGCGGUACUGCAGCCUGGGCACCCGCGACUCCGCCAGGAACCCACAGACCCUGGUGGAGGUGACGUCCUUCGCUGCCAUCAACAAGUUCCAACCCUUCAACGUGGCCAUUUCCAGCAACGUCCUCCUGCUCCUGGAUUUCCACAGCCACCUGACGCGGAGCGAAGUCGUGGGCUACCUGGGCGGGCGCUGGGACACCAACACUCAAUUGCUGACGGUGCUGCGAGCCUUCCCCUGCCGGACCCGCCUGGGUGAUGCUGAGGCUGCCGGUGCCGUGGAGGAGGAGAUCUGCCAGAGCCUGUUCCUGCGGGGGCUGUCGCUGGUGGGCUGGUACCACAGCCACCCCUUCGGCCCCGCGCUGCCCUCGCUGCACGACAUUGAUGCGCAGAUGGAUUACCAGCUCAAGCUGCAGGGCAGCGGCAACGGCUUCCAGCCCUGCCUGGCCCUCAUCUGCGGACCCUACUACCAUGGGAACCCCGGCGUGGAGUCCAAAAUUGCGCCCUUCUGGGUGAUGCCACCACCCGAGCAACGGCCCAAUGACUACGGCAUCCCCAUGGAUGUGGAGGUGGCCUAUAUCCAGGACGGCUUCCUCACCAAUGAUGUCCUGCAGGAGAUGAUGCUGCUCGUGGACUUCUAUAAGGGAGCCCCUGACCUGGUGAAGUUCCAGGAGCUCUGGAGCCAGGAUCAGACCUACCUGGACAAGCUGAAGGGCUCUCUGGCCUCCCGCACCCCCAAGGACCAGAGCUUCAGCCAUGUCCUGGAGCAGAUCUUCAGCCUCCUCAAGCUCAGCGGCUGAGGGACCAGGAGCCCCUCGACUCGGAGCAGGCGCCGGGCACAGCUCGGCUCAGCAGCCCCCAGCCCAUGGGGCACAUCCAGCCCCGGUGUGGGGCAGUGCCCAUCCUGGGGGGCUCAGCGGGGGUCCCGGCACCCCUCCUGCCCUGCCCUGGAGGUGCUGUGGUGGUGGUGGGAGCCUUGGCUGUCGUGUGUGGAAGUGGUAGUUGAUUAAAGAGCAGGUCCUGAGA